AGGCCAUUCAGGCACGGCUUCAUCUCCAAACGCAGCAUGUCAGCCAUCAGACGGAAAUUCGGUGAAGAAUACCAGGUGGUGAACACAACCCGAGCUUUGCCCUUCCCAGCACCGGCUAAGCGCAAACGGCAGCGCUUCGUGGAGAAGAACGGACGCUGUAACGUCCAGCACGGGAACCUGGGAGGCGAGACGAGCCGGUACCUGUCCGAUAUCUUUACCACACUGGUGGACCUGAAGUGGCGCUGGAACCUUCUCAUCUUUCUGCUCACCUACACCGUGGCGUGGCUGGUCAUGGCAUUCAUGUGGUGGCUGAUCGCGUACGCGCGUGGAGACCUGGGCCGCGGCCACGACCCCGAUUAUACCCCGUGCGUCGCCAACGUGUACAACUUUCCGUCCGCGUUCCUCUUCUUCAUCGAGACCGAGGCCACCAUCGGCUAUGGGUACCGCUACAUCACGGAGAAGUGUCCCGAGGGCAUCAUCCUGUUCCUCUUCCAGUCGCUGCUCGGCUCCAUCGUGGACGCUUUCCUGAUCGGCUGCAUGUUCAUCAAGAUGUCCCAGCCGAAGAAGCGCGCAGAGACGCUCAUGUUCAGCCAGGACGCGGUGAUCUCUCAGCGGGACGGGAAGCUCUGCCUCAUGUUCCGAGUGGGGAACCUGAGGAACAGCCACAUGGUGUCCGCGCAGAUCAGGUGCAAACUCAUCAAGUCCCGUCAGACCCCUGAGGGCGAGUUUCUGCCUCUGGACCAAAGGGAGCUGGACGUGGGGUUCGGGACGGGCGCCGACCAGCUCUUUCUCGUCUCUCCUCUUACCAUCUGCCAUGAGAUAAAUCCCAAGAGCCCGUUCUUCGACCUCUCCAAGCGCUCGCUCAUGAGCGAACAGUUUGAGAUAGUCGUCAUCCUGGAAGGGAUCGUAGAAACCACAGGUAUGACAUGUCAGGCCCGGACCUCGUACACAGAGGACGAGGUCUUGUGGGGGCAUCGCUUCCUUCCUGUCAUGUCUCUUGAGGAGGGCUUCUUUCGGGUCGACUACUCGCAGUUCCACAAUACCUUCGAAGUACCGACACCUCCCUACAGUGUGAAGGAGCAAGAAGAGUCAUCUUGCCUCCCAUCCCCUGCUCCUCCUCUCACCCCGACUCUGGGAGACUCACGCAACCGCCGGGAGCGCAUCCUCUCCCUGGAUGGUGGUCCUCACACUGAUGGAACAGGCUCACGGCUUCCCAGCAAGCUCCAGCGCAUGAGCUCAAGGAAUGGCAAGGAGGUUGUGAAAACCACACAGAGCACUGAAAAAAACUCCAGCACAAGUAACCCUGAACGUCUCGCCUCCUUGGCUGGCCUGGAGGAGUCUGACCACCAGAUGAAGACUCUGAAGCUGGACUCGGAGUCCCACAUUCUGGCAGCUGGAGAGCUGGAGCAUCACAGACUGCAUCCUAUGCCCACUCCAGUGCCAGGGACAAACCUCCACCAGUUGCCGCUGGGAGGAGGGCGUCCCGAGGACAACCUGCCCGAGAAGCUGCGCAGGAUGAAUGUGGACCGCUAAACCAUGAAUCAGACUUGGACAAACACUAAGGCUUUGGGGAAGGGCAGAGCUUCUU